AUGUUCUGCUACCACUGCCCCCCGGGCCUCCCGGCGCCGCGAUUACCGCCGUCCCUGGAGUAUCCUUUCGCCCCGACUCACCCCUAUACUAGUUACUCCGCCUAUCAUCCGGCACUACACGGAGUUGGCGAGGAUUCCUUCGUGAGGAGGAAACAACGGCGGAAUAGGACUACUUUCACCCUUCAGCAACUGGAGGAACUCGAGUCCGCCUUCGCGCAGACUCACUACCCGGAUGUCUUUACGAGGGAAGAUUUGGCUAUGAAGAUUAAUCUCACGGAGGCUAGAGUACAGGUAUGGUUCCAAAAUCGACGAGCGAAAUGGCGUAAGAGCGAGCGACUGAAGGAGGAGCAACGCAAACGCGAGGGCGGGGGUGGCAGUGGCGGCGGCGGUAACGCGGAAUCCUCCGCUUUGAUCGCGCCGACGUCAUCGUCGGCGGGCCCGAGCCCCACGGGGAACGAUCCGGAGGGCACCACAACGAGCAGCAGCGCCGCCGACAUGGAGGACGCCGUGGCGGAAGGCAUCGGCGGUAGCGGUGGCGGUGGCGGUAGCGGCGGCGGCGUCGGCGGUGGCGGCUCCAGGAGUCCCAGCACGACUUCCGCCUCGGUCAGCCCCCGGCCCCAGCCGAGUCAGCCGUCCCUGGGUGGCGUCUCGACGCCACCGCCGACCCCCAUAAGGGCGCCACCGCCGCCACCGAGCACCGCGGGGGGUCUCGGACCGCCCGCCGAGAGCACCACGGGAAUAGGCGCUGGGUUUAGGCCGGUGGAACCACCGACGUCCCUCUUCUUUUCACCCCAUCUGGCCGCCCAGUUCUCGCCGCCGCUCUUCGGCAACAAAAUAGUCAGCAGUGCGUCGACAUCGCUGACCUCGACGACGCCGUCUCUGUGGACCACCAGCGACCAGCAUCGGCCGAGUAGCCUCCAGGAGAUGCUGUCUUGGUCGCCGACCGGUUGGCCCGGUUCUAUCUGCGGUUGCUGCAAACCAGGCACCGCCGGCACCGGCAGUGAUCUCCAUCGGAGCAACAGCCUGGCCGAGUUGCGAAGAAAAGCUCAGGAACAUUCAACCGCCUCGGCCCUCCUCGGCGGUCUCGCCGGUUUUCCCGGCGGUCUGCCCCUGCCUCUGCCCCUGCCGCUGCUGCCGCCACUGCUGGGUCUCUCCAGGCGACCGGAGCACCAUCAUCAUCAUCAUUUGCCCAGCGUAGUACACCAGAUACAGCCAACUACCAAGGAGGAUCCAUAGGAACGCCUCGACGAAUGCCGAAAUCGUCUCGUAAACGUGGCGUAAAUCCCGUCAAGGGGAGAUGUAACCAUCGGAUGAUUACAAAAAGUCAGGAGCGGUAUAAUGAUAUCGGUGAGUUCGAAUCUCGAUGCUGUAGCGACAGGGAUCUCUCUAUGCAUAUUUUCAUAACGAGAAUAUUGAGAAUCCCUUUUCUUUAUGCCUUUUCCAAGCAGAUAUUAUUGGUGGAAAUGAUCUUUUCUGUUUUCUGUUUUUUGGUUGUAGAAUUUAUAAUUUCUUUCGAACCGUAGAUUUCAUUGGAUUUAAUGAUUCAGCAUCGAAAAUUGUACUUUUUGAGAUUAUAUACUGCUCUUCAAUCUUUACAAGUGCUUUCUUCAUUAUGAUUAUAUUUGAAUCUUAUCGUAUUUUUUUUUUUUUUUUUU